AUGUGUGCAAGCGAGCAAACAUUUUCUGGCAUGAGACGAGCAUGUGAUUUCUCAGGAGAAAAGAAACCAAAAAGCUCAUUAGUAAUUGCAGGUCUCCUUUGGGGAGUAUCAGAUUCAAAGAAAAACAAGGAGCCUGAAUCUUCAGGAUUACAGAUCCAAGAAGAAGAAGAAGAAGAAGAAGAAGAAGAUGAUGAAAACUUUGAAAUCAUAUGGUCAGGUGAAUCUUCAAUGUGCACCAGGAACCUAAAGCAUUAUCAAGCUUUUACCAAAAAUGGAACCACAAUAUCUGUUUAUUCAUUUGUAUUCAUCCUAGCUGGUGAAGGAGGUUACCACAUUGGUUACUUGGAAGACAUGUAUGAAAAUUACAGGCAAAAAAAGAUGGUGAAAGUGAGAUGGUUUCAUCGCAGUGAAGAACUUAGUGAAUUAAUCUCAAAUCCUCAGCCUCAUGAGCUUAUAAUCACCUCUCAUUGUCAGAUCUUAAGUGCAGAAUGUAUUGAUGGACUUGCCACCAUUUUAACUCCCAAACAUUACAACCAAUGUUUGGCUUUUGUUACACAAGACUUCUCAGAUGGGAUUUACAUGUGCUCUAAGCAGAUAAAAAAUGACAAAAUUUCCUCUUUUCCUUUUUCUAAGUUGCGUGGCUACUAUACCCAGAUCAUAUUUUCUGUUCUUAAUCUCCCAAUUGGUCCCAACAAGAACAACCAAGAAACCUCAUCUAAAAGAGAAGAAGAACAAGAACAAGAACAAGAACAAGAAGAAGAAGAAGAAAAAGGAAAAGAAAAAGGAAAAGGAAAAGAAAAAGAAGAGGGUGUUCAAAGUUUCAAACGGGGUGUUACAAUUGUUGAUAAUGAGGUAGAAAAAACACAACCUUUUCGUGUUGGUGAAGAGAUUGAAGUGCUUAGUAAUGAUAGUGGGAUAAGAGGGUGUUGGUUUAGAUGUAAAAUCUUGAAGAUAUCAGAGAAGGGAUUGAAAGUUUUAUACAUGGAUGUGGAGGAUGCAGUGGGUCUCGGAAAUCUUGAGGAAUGGGUGUUGGCAUAUAAAAUUGCAGCUGCUGAUAAAAUGGGGAUGAGAUGGUUAGGACGUAAUUCUAUACGUCCUGCAUGUCCUAUAAUGGAAUCUUCAGAUGAUGGUUUCAAGAUUGGAUCAGCAGUGGAUGCAUGGUGGUGUGAUGGGUGGUGGGAAGGUGUAGUGAUUGGAAUCAACAUCCGUGGAAAAAAUGAUUUUCAAGUUUACUUUCCUGGUGAAAACAGGUUGCAUUAUUUUGAGAAGACGAAUCUAAGAGCUUCAAAAGAGUGGGUUGAUAAUAAGUGGAUAGAGAUAAAGCCAAAGCCUGAUGUAGUCUCUUUUCUGACAUCAAAUAUGAAGCUUCAAAAAAAGUCAAGUUUGGGUGGGCCCUCUGGAUCUGGAAGUGGAUCAUCUUCUAAAACUGGAGCAAAUAAUGUCGUGAUGAUGAAGAAGAAGAAGAAGAAGGCAUUGAUGGGAUUCUCAAAACCAAAAGAUAGUAAAAUGGGUGGUAAAUACUAAAUAGUAAGUAAGGUGCAGGAUUUGGUUCAUUACUAAAUACUAAGAAUAAAUAAAGACUUGGUUUAUAUAUGAAUUAGAGGUGGGGGUUGUUGGACUCUUUGAGUGGAGUCAUAUGUUCUGCUCCA